GUAGGUGUUGAUAAGCGACUGUAGGUAGUUUAUUCUUGCUCGUGUUGGUUUUUAUUUUGGAAAAUUCGGAUUUUAUUAAUUAAAACAACAGAUGGCACACUUGCGUGAAAGCUCUGAAAAGGCUUUGAAGCUUUUGCGCACAUUGCCGCGUGUACAAAUUGGCAACCUGCGACCAAAUCCCAACUCCAAACAGAACGACAAACGCGGACGCGCUCAACAUGGUGGCGAUAAGCAUGGUGCCGGCAACAAGGGCUCGGGUCAGCGACAAAAUUUCAUGCGUCUCGGUUACGAAACGGGCAACCAGCCCUUCUACCUGCGCUUCCCAUACGAGCCCUACUACAAAGGACAUCAUAUGCGUCGCCAAUAUCCGCCCAUUUCCAUGCUGCAGCUGCAGGUGCUCAUCGACACUGAUCGUAUUGAUGCCAGCCAACCGAUUGACAUCGCCACGUUGUGCAAUUCGGGUCUGUUGUCGCUGAAACCGGCGGAAAUGCAAUAUGGAUUCCAGCUGACUGAUGAUGGCUUGGACAAUUUCAAGGCGAAGAUCAACAUUGAAGUGCAGCACGCCAGUGAAGCAGUCAUAGCAGCUGUGGAGCGCAAUGGUGGUGUCAUACGCACCGCCUACUACGAUCCGCGCAGCCUUCACAUUCUGGCCAAUCCAAAGAAAUGGUUCGCAAAGGGUAUCCCGAUACCACAGCGCAUGCUGCCGCCCCAGGAUGCCGCGGAAUACUACACGGAUGCCAAGAAUCGCGGUUAUUUGGCCAAUCCCGAGGAGAUAAGCAAGGAUCGACUAGUGCUGGCGCAAAAAUACGGUUAUGUGUUGCCGCGCAUUGAGGAUGAUGCCGAUUAUGAGAUGCUCACAGCUGCCAAGAAUGCACGGCAAUUGUUCCACGGCCUGGAGCCAGGCUGGCUCAUAAACUUAGUGGACAAAACAAUAGUCAAGCUGAAGACAACAUAAACAAAGUCCUUUCAUUUUUGUUUGUUACUAUGCUUUGUUAAUUAAAGAAAUUUAUUGUAAAAGGGGGCAUUUUUGGACUACGAUUACAC